AUGUUUCACUUCAAAAUCCAUCAUCUACAUUUCUACCGUAUAUUAUCUUCCCAGGUUUUUCACUAUAUCUUUUUCUUUCUUUCUUUCUUUCUUUCUUUCUUUCUUUUUUCUCAUUUUUUUCUUUUUCUCGUAUCUUUCCCACUUACAUCAUGCCUUUGCCAUCGUCAUUUGCGCAAUAAUAUUUUAUCCAUUUUAGUUGUAAUUUACUGUUACUCCAUUUCAUUCAUUAUUUCAUUCUUCUUCUUCUUCUUCUUCUUCUCCUCCUCCUCCUUCUUCUUCUUUCUCUCCUCCUCCUCCUUCUUCUUCUUCUUCUUCUUCUCCUCCUCCUCCUCCUCCUCCUUCUUCUUCUUCUUCUUCUUCUUCUCCUCCUCCUCCUCCUUCUUCUUCUUCUUCUUCUUCUUCUUGCUCUGUUUUAUUAUUCUUGCUCUUCUUUUUCUUCACCUUCUUCUCCAUGCUCUGCUUCUCGCUCUUCUUCUUGCUCUUCUUCUUGCUCUUCUUCUUUCUCUUUCUUCUUCUUUCCUUUCUGGCUCUCUUCUUUUUCUUCUUGCUCUACUUCUUCUUUUUCUUUUUUUCUUGCUCUUAUUAGUCAUUUUUCUUCUUCUUGAUCUUCUUUUUCUUCUUUCCUCUUUGGCUCUCUUCUUUUUCUUCUUUUCUCUCUUGCUCUACUUCUUCUUUUUCUUCUUCUUCUUCUUCCUUUUCUUUGUUUUCUUCUUCUUUCUCUUCUUUUUAUUCUUCUUUUUUUCUCCGCUCUUCUUCAUCUUUUUCUUUUUUCUUCUUCUUGAUCAUGUUGUUUUUCUUUUUCACUUGCUCUCUUCUUUUUUCCCUUCUUCUUGCUCGUCUUCUACUUCUUCUUUUUCUUCUUUCCUCCUGCUCUUCUUUUUCUUUUUCUUGAUCUUAUUAUUAUCUUAUUAUUUUCUUUAUCUUCUUCUUUCCUCUCUUGGUAUUCUUCUUUUUCUUCUUCUUUUACUCCUUCUUCUCAAUGCUAACUUUUUUGUCAUGGUCUCUAUCCCUUCAUCUUUGUUUUUUCGUUUCUCUUUCUCAUUUCUUCAUUACUUUCUCUUCCCUUUUCUUUCUUGCUUCCUUCUUUUCUCUUUCUUUCUUUCGUUCAUUUAUUUAUUUCCUUUAGUGUUUAUAUUUUCUUUCUUUCGAACUCUUUCUUGUUUCUUUCUUUCUUUGUUUAUAUCUAUUUUUUCUUUAUCUGUAUAUCUAUGUCAUUUCAUGUUUCUUUCUUUCUUUCUUUCUUUCUUUCUUUCUCCUUUUCUUUCUUUCUUUCUUUCUUUCUUUCUUUCUUUCUCCUUUUCAUUUUAUUUAUGCCUCUUUGUCCCUUUCCCUCUUCCUUUCUUUUACUUGAUAUCUAACUUUUUCUUUAUCGGCAACCUUUUGUCAUUCUUUGUUUUUCCUCUUUUUUUCUGUCUUUCUCUCUUUACCUUCUUUCAUUUUCUUUCUUUCUUUGUCUCGCCCAGUCUUCAAUUCAAAAUAAUUUUCCCAUUGAUAUUUGUUGUUAUAACUUUCCGUUUUCCCAUUUUGAUCUCUUUGUCUAACUCUUUCUUUCUUUCUUUCUUUCUUUCUUUCUUUCUUACAGGGCCUCUUUUACCUUUUCAUUCUUCGCUUUCUGAUUGUUCCCCUUACAAUAUUGGUGCCGAUUAUCGAUUAUCAACGCCAGAUCAAUGUCAUUUAAGACGUUUCUUUCUUUCUUUCUUUCUUUCUUUCUUUCUUUCUUUCAUUCUAGACUUAUUUUUCUUUUUUCUUUCUUUCUUUCUUUCUUUCUUUCAUUCUAGACUUAUUUUUCUUUUUUCUGUCUUUCUUUCACUUAUUUUUCUUUUUUCUGUCUGUCUUUCUUUCUUUCUUUCUAGACUUAACUUUCUUUCUUUCUUUCUUUCUUUCUUUCUUUUUUUUCUAGACUUAUCUUUUUUUUUUUUCUUUUCUUUUUUCUUUCUUUCUUUCAUUCUAGACUAUAUUUUUUUUUUUCUGUCUUUCUUUCUUUCUUUCUUUCUUUCUUUCUUUCUUUCUUUCUUUCUAGACUUAUCUUUCUUCUUUCUUUCUUUCUUUCUUUCUUUCUUUCUAGACUUAUCUUUCUUUUUUUUUUUUUUCAUUCUUUCUUUCUUUCAUUCUAGACUUAUUUUUCUUUUUUCUGUCUACUUAUUUUUCUUUUUUCUGUCUUUCUUUCUUUCUUUUUUUCUUUCUUUCAUUCUAGACUUAUUUUUCUUUCUUUCUUUCUUUCUUUCUUUCUUUCUUUCUUUUACACGUACAGGUUCGCCUGGUCUCCAUCCGAUGACAUCCUGUUGUCUAUCUAUCUAUCUAUCUAUCUAUCUAUCUAUCUAUCUAUCUAUCUAUCUAUCUAAAUCUGUUCAUAUGUAUCUCAGCGUGUUCAUAUCUAUCUAUCUAUCUGUGGGAGUUGCUAAAAACUGA